GAAAAAGUUUCGCGCAGCUCCAGCUGCAGUAAAAAGCAGCAGCACAGUCUGCAGGGAUCGGACUCAGCGCUGCAGUUUCCAAGCAAAAUCAGGAUUACUAAACCCCGGCUGAAGAAAGAGUCUAGAAACAUGCUGUUACAGCUCGCAGCCCUUUUAAUUUUAGGGGCAUGGGCUCUCGCAGAUGUGCCUGAGCUGGGAGAUGUGUGCACAGAGGGGAGCUGUUAUCCUGCCACAGGAGAUCUUCUCAUUGGAAGAGCACACCAACUCUCAGCCACCUCCACAUGCGGACACCACAAACCUGAGCCCUUCUGUAUCGUCAGUCAUUUGCAGGAAGAGAAGAAGUGCUUUGUGUGCGAUUCCAGGGGAACCUACGAUGAAAGCACGCACCAAGUAACCAGCCACAGAAUCGAAAAUGUCGUGACUACAUUCGCCCCGAACCGCCUCAAGACUUGGUGGCAGUCAGAAAAUGGCCUGGAGAACGUCACAAUCCAGUUGAACCUGGAGGCAGAGUUCCACUUCACCCACCUCAUCAUGACCUUUAAAACGUUCAGACCUGCUGCUAUGGUGAUCGAACGGUCGUCAGACUUCGGGAAGACUUGGCAAGUGUACCGAUACUUCGCCUAUGACUGCGAGAGCUCCUUCCCCUUUGUCUCUCAAGGACCCAUGGCCAAAGUGGACGAUGUUAUCUGCGAUUCCCGCUACUCCGACAUUGAACCCUCAACUGAGGGCGAGGUCAUCUUUAGGGUUUUGGAUCCAGUAUUCAGGAUUGAUGAUCCCUACAGCCCCAGAAUUCAAAACAUGUUAAAGAUCACUAAUCUGAGGGUGAAGUUCACUAGGCUGCAUACUCUCGGGGACAAUCUUCUGGACUCACGUAUAGAGAUCAAGGAGAAGUACUACUAUGCGAUUUACGACAUGGUGGUGAGAGGAAACUGUUUUUGCUAUGGUCACGCAUCCGAAUGCGCCCCCGUCGAUGGAGCUGGAGAGGUCGUGGACAGCAUGGUCCAUGGCCAUUGUAUGUGUAAUCAUAACACCAUGGGGCUGAACUGUGAGCGCUGUCAGGACUUUUACCAUGACCUGCCCUGGAGACCCGCAGAGGGACGUAACACCAACGCCUGUAAAAAAUGUAACUGCAAUCAUCACUCUGAUUCCUGUCAUUUCGACAUGGCCGUGUAUCAGGCCUCGGGUAACGUGAGCGGCGGCGUGUGCGACGACUGCAAACACAACACCAUGGGUCACAAGUGUGAGCAGUGCAAGCCCUUCUUCUACCAGCAUCCGGAGAAAGACAUCCGCGACCCCAACAUCUGCGAGCCCUGUAACUGUGAUCCGGUCGGCUCUCUUAACGGUGGAGUAUGUGAUCCGCUGACAGACGUGUCUCUCGGGCUGAUCGCGGGUCAGUGUCGCUGUAAGCCUAAUGUGGAGGGUGAGCGCUGUGACCAGUGCAAACAAGGCAAUUACGGACUCAGCGACGACCCUCUGGGAUGCCAGCCAUGCACAUGCAAUGCUUUGGGGACGGUUUCAGGCGGAAGUCCAUGUGAUACAGACUCAGGAAACUGCUACUGUAAACGUCUGGUAACCGGAAGGAACUGUGACCAGUGUCUGCCUCAGCACUGGGGUCUCAGUAACGACAUGGACGGCUGCAGACCAUGUGACUGUGAUCAUGGUGGUGCAAUCAACAACAAUUGCUCUCCUGAAACGGGUCAGUGUCAGUGUCGCGAGCACAUGUUUGGCAGACGCUGCGACCAGGUGGAAUCUGGUUUUUACUUCAUCGCUCUGGACCACUACACUUAUGAAGCUGAGGACGCCAAGUUUGGACCUGGUGUGACGGUUGUCCCGAGACCCCAGCCUCAGGACAGAUCCCCCACUUGGACUGGCAUUGGUUUUGUGAAUGUUCCUGAAGGUGCCUAUCUUGAGUUCAGCAUCGACAACAUCCCCUACUCUAUGGAGUAUGACAUUAUCAUUCGAUAUGAACCUCAGCUGCCAGAGCAGUGGGAAGAAGUGUUGAUGACUGUCAUCAGGCCUCGCGUCAUUACCGCCGACAGCCGUUGUGCGAACACAAUGCCUGACGAUGACAACCAGGUGGUGUCUCUGCAUCCCGGAUCCAGGUAUGUGGUGCUGUCUAGGCCUGUGUGUUUUGAAGAGGGCUUGAACUACACCGUGCGCUUGAGUCUGUCUCGCUACUCCGCUCUAAGUGAUGUGCAGUCGCCGUACACGCUCAUCGACUCGAUCGUCCUCAUGCCACACUGCAAAAACCUGGAUAUUUUCUCUGGCUCUGGGUCAGAGGGUGGAGACAUGGUGACCAACAACGCCUGGGAAACCUUCCAGCGCUACCGCUGUUUGGAGAACAGCCAAGCAGUGGUGAAAACCCCCAUGACUGAUAUCUGUAGGAAUUACAUCUUCAGUGUGUCGGCUUUUCUGCAUCAGGGAGUUAAAGCCUGUCAGUGUGACCCGCAGGGGUCUCUCAGCACGGUCUGUGACCCGAGCGGUGGCCAGUGCCAGUGUCGUCCCAACGUGGUUGGCAGGAACUGCGACAAAUGCGCCCCAGCAACCUUCCUUUUUGGGCCGCAAGGCUGCAGGCCAUGUGAUUGCAGUCCUGAGGGGUCUGUCCACUCCUUUUGCCACGAGGCCACCGGUCAGUGCGAGUGUAUUCCCAGAGCGUAUGGGCGGCAGUGCGACCGCUGUCUGCCGGGACACUGGGGAUUCCCUAACUGUCGCCCCUGCACUUGUAAUGGCCACGCUGAGCAGUGCGACCCGCUCACGGGACAGUGUCUGUCCUGCAGGGACCACACCACUGGACACAACUGCGAGAGGUGUUUUAAUGGCUACUAUGGUGACCCCGUCCUGGGCUCUGGAGACCACUGCCGCCCCUGCAUGUGUCCGGAUGGUCCCGGCAGCGGCAGACAGUUCUCCGGCGCGUGUUAUAAGAGCCUCGACUCCAACCAGGUGUUCUGCGUCUGCAACCAGGGAUAUAAAGGUGCCAGGUGUGAAGAAUGCACCCCUGGUUAUUACGGAAACCCACACGAGGUGGGCGGAGAAUGCCGGCCCUGUCAGUGCAACAACAACAUCGACAUGAUGGACCCGGAGUCCUGUGACGCCCGAACGGGCGCUUGUCUCAAAUGCCUGUACCACACCGACGGCGAGGACGAGGGCUGCAACCGCUGCAAGCUCGGUUAUUACGGCAAUGCACUGACCCAGAGCUGCAGAAAGUGUGUGUGUAAUCAUAUGGGCACUGUUGAGGAGACGUGCCCCUCUCCGGGUAACUGCAACUGUGACUUGAACAACGGUCAGUGUCAGUGUCUUCCUAACGUGGUGGGCCAGCACUGCGAUCAGUGCGCACCGGACACCUGGAAUAUGGCCAGCAGGAAAGGCUGCGAGGCCUGCGACUGCGACCUCAACCAUUCCUUCAGCUCGUCCUGCAAUGAGAUUAUGGGCCAGUGCUCUUGUAAACCUGGGUUUGGCGGCAGAACCUGCAGAGAGUGUAGAGAGCUGUUCUGGGGAAACCCUGAGGUCAAAUGCCACGCAUGUGAUUGUGACCCAAGAGGCAUCGCGGAGCAGCAGUGCAACAAGGUCACAGGUCACUGCUUUUGCGUGGAAGGUGUUUCCGGGCCUCGAUGUGACACAUGUGCUCGAGGCUACACGGGCGAGUUCCCACACUGCGAGCGCUGCCACCAGUGCUUCGCCGAAUGGGAUGUAAUUGUGGGCGACCUCACCAACCAGACCCACAGACUGGUCCAGAAGGUCAAUACCAUCAAAGCCACCGGCAUUACGGGACCCUACCAGGCCACCAUCAAUAACAUCGAAAGCAGCGCCAACUCGAUCCGCAACAUCCUGGCCCAGAAUCCAGCCACUCAGCCUCUAACGGAGAUCCAGGGACUUCUUGAACAAGCUACUGCCUUGAUGGCUGAAAUGAACACCAACCUUAACCUGACGGAGGAGACCUUGUCUGAGAUCUCAUCCGACAACAACAGCACAGACACCAAACUGAAGUCCCUCAAAGAAGAAGCUCAGAAACUGAAACAGACGGUGAAGGACCUUCAGGAGCAGGUGGAGUUUGUGAAGAAUUCAGACAUUCGAGGGGCCAGAGCCAGCGUGAAUCAAUACUAUGAGCAGUCCCAGAAUGCGGAGAUCCGUGCGAAUGCCUCCACCAUUGACCCGGACAACCUGGUUAAUCAGUCUGCCACCCUGCGAACAGAAACAGAAGACUUGAUGAACCAGACCAAAGAAGAGUUCAUUCAAAGGCAGGAUGAGUUUGCGAAGAAACUGGACAACCUCGCUGGACAGCUGGAGACUUUGGACCUGUCUGAGCUUAGCGAGAAGACAUGUGGAAGUCCAGCUGGCUCAGAGAACUGUGCCGACUCUCUCUGCGGAGGCCUGAGCUGUGUGGAUGGGGAAGGAAACAGGAAGUGUGGAGGAGAGGGAUGUGAUGGCCUCACCACGCUGGCCCACAAUGCCUGGCAGAAAGCCAAGGACUUUGACCUGGAGAUUAUCAGCGCUAUGGAGGAAGUGGACAAGCUCUCCAAAAUGGUGUCAGAGGCAAAGGUAAAAGCAGAUGAAGCAAAGCUUAAUGCUCAAGAAGUGCUGUCAAAAACCAAUGAGACCAAAAAGCGUGUGGAUGGAAGCAACGAGGAGCUACGCCAACUCAUCAAACAGAUCCGAGACUUCCUCACUCAAGAUGGAGCGGACCUGGAAAGCAUCGAGGCUGUGGCCAAUGAAGUUCUGCAGAUGCAGAUGCCCACCACUCCAGCCCAGCUGCAGAACCUGACCGCAGAGAUCAGGGAGCGUGUGAGCAGCUUGACAGAAGUCGAGGACAUCCUCAACCAGAGUGCCACUGACAUACUGAGAGCAGAAAGCCUGCUGGAACAAGCCCGCAAGGCCAGGAAGGAGGCGACAGAUGUGAAAGGCACAGCUGAGAUGGUGAAGGAGGCCUUGCAGCAGGCUGAGCGCGCCCAGAGUUCAGUAACUGAGGCACUGAAACAGGCCAGUGCUGACAUCAAGGGAACGCAAGACUUGCUGGUCUCGGUGGAGUCUGAGACGUCCGACUCAGAGCUAAAACUGAGUAACGCCACCCGAAGGCUCCUGAAGUUGGAAAGCGAUGUAGCUCUGCUCAAAGAAAAGGCUCUCAACACCUCCACCAGUACCAAAAGCACAGAGAAAGAGGCUGAUAGCAUCAACACACUGGCUGAGCAGCUCAAAAAGGAUCUGGAUUCAGAGCUGAAGGACAAAUACAGUAGUGUUGAGGAGCUGAUCACACAGAAGGCUGAAGGAGUGGCAGAGGCCAAGAAAAGAGCAGAGAAACUCCAACAGGAAGCCAAAAAUCUGCUGUUACAGGCCAGCGACAAACUUCAGCUUCUGAAAAAUCUUGAGAAGAGCUAUGAUGAAAAUCAGAAGCUGCUGGAGGACAAGGCCAAUGAACUGGUGGAUCUGGAGAAGGCUGUGAAAGAACUGCUUCUGGAUAUCAGUCACAAAGUCACCGUCUACAGCACCUGUCUGUUUUAACGCUACUACUGACUGCUUUAGGAAAAUAUAUUAAAUUACCGUCUAUGUCAAAUCCCUGAGAAGGUUUUGUGAGUUUUAUGAUCACUGUAUGGAAGGGUGUUACACACUUUUAUGAACACAAGAAUGUAAUUUGGAUUUUAAAACAUAGCAGACCAAAGAGUGAAUGUAAGAUAUGCCCAACAUAACUAUGAGACUGCAAUUACAUUGACCUCAUUGUUUCAAUUUUAGAUUCAAAAGUCAAAACAAAAAGUAAAAUAAUAUAAAUGUGAUUUUUUUAAAAACUUUUUUGGUUACUGAUAUCUGAUGCCAACUCUGGAAUACCAUAAAUUCAAUCAGAAUAAACUCAAGCUAGUAAUACAGUGUGAAUUUGUCUCAUGUUAACAAAAUACAAUCUGAGGAAAUCAAUCUUCUUAUGAAACCUUAAAAGAUGGAAAAAAACAGUGGAGACUUGUGUAUUGUGGAAGAAUCACACUUUAUUCAAAAAUAUGUUUGCAUUGUUUAUUUUAUUGCUGUAAUAUGAUACUGGAUAUGUCGCUGCGGUGGAUCGGGAUCACGGCUGUAGACCGGAGCUGGAGCUGUACUGAGACGAUGAGGCUCUUAGGCUGAUGAUACACGGGGCAACUUUGGGCAAUGUUGCUGCCAACGGGCAACCAGGUGAGACACAGGGCCCACGACCGAUCUAAAGUAUCCAGAUAGAAAUUUGUUACCCAUUCUCAAUGGGAAAGUGCCCAAACAUUGCUCAAAAAAAAGUUGCACGGCAAAAUUGCUCAAAAUGUUGACUUGUGUAUCAUCAGCCUUAGGCUGCGGCUCUGACAUUGUUGCUCAUUGUGGUCAUUAAAAUAACCAGAUCAUAAGAGUCAUUUGCUUGUGAAUUGGACACUAGUCAUGCUGUAUAUGUUACUACGUUAUAGUAAUGUUAUUUUUCAACAUUACGUUAGUUACAGUGGAGAAAAAAUUUAUUUGAUUCCCUGCUGAUUUUGUACGUUUGCCCACUGCCAAAGAAAUGAUCAGUCUAUAAUUUUAAUGGUAGGUUUAUUUUAACAGCAAGCGACAGAAUAACAACAACAACAACAAAAAAAAUCCAGAAAAACGCAUUUCAAAAAAGUUAUAAAUUGAUUUGCAUUUUAAUGAGUCAAAUAAGUAUUUGACCCCUUCGCAAAACAUGACUUGUUUGCCUGACGAAGGUCUUUGACCGAAACGUUGCCACUAUUAAAUUUAUUAAAUUUUAAUAAAGGGAGAUUAACAGUG